GAUCUUAAUUUUUUUUUUUAAUGGAGUGAGAACUCAAAAAAAGAAAAAAAUGCAGGGGACUGGGGACCAUUGUUCCGCUCAUCUUAUCUUAAAGUAAAACAAAUUUGAUCCCAAUCACGAGGAAGAAGACAAACGACUCCCCUCCCCCAACGUCCAUCACAGCCAGCCCAAUACGUUUUCUGUCAAGUUUCAACAGAAGAAGGUGAAAAAAAGAAAUGAAAAUGAAAAAGAAAGAAAUAAAAAAGAAGAUGCCAAGACUUGUAACACUGUGCCCACCACUUCUUGCCCGUCUUUUUCCCCCACUCUUCCAACUUUCCCAACACAUUUUUCCUUCUUCCCAAACCCAAAUCUUGGAUUUUCCUUCACGCAUCUCUCCUCCCUCCGGCAGGUUUAUAAGUUUAUUCACUCUACCCACUCCCAUUCUUGCUCAAAUUCCAAUCUUUUUGCAGUAAAUUUCAUAUUAGGGUUACUUAAAUGCGUUAAGCGUGCUUGUUUCUAUGAUGUGAUUGACGGAGCUGCUCAAAGAUUUGAUUUUUGUUGUAGAAAAAUACAAAAAUGUCGCCGGAGAAGGCGACCACCGUGGUGGAUGAAGGAGUGGAGUACUCCUUUGCUAUGGAGUACCAUGGCCCACCCAUUGCCCAUGAGCUCCCUCGAGCUGUACCCAUCAAUGUGGAUAGGAUUCCAGUUGCGGCCGUGGUUUCCCAGAUGCCCUUAUCUCGUAAAUUCUCAUUGCCCAUCGUUCAGCCCAUUUCCGUUAACGAUGUAGCCAAAGGGUUCUCGAAAGAGCUGAAGCGAAGCUCCAAUUCCACUGUUUCCCCGACCUCGGUGAUUGCGUUUGACCGGCAAAGUGGGUGCGAGGACGAGUCCGCUAGCAAAGAGCUAGAAGAAGAAGCUUUAGGGUCUGAGACUACUCUCUCUCCCAGUUCGGUUAGCGGUAUUGACGAGAGCGCGCCCAGUAAUAGCGGUUGUAUUCCGUACGGUGAAUCUAGUAGUUCGGAGCGGAUGAAUGAUGAUGAGGGAGGCGGUGAAUUUUCCGGCGCCAUUAAUGAAUCCACCGACCUUGCAUCUCCCUCUGUUGGCCAUGACAGGGUGGGGAGUUCGGGUAAUUUUAGGUUUUCAAGCAGCUUCGAGAUGUCUAGGGAAUUUUCAAGAAGUUCGCAGACUUUAAGGUUUCCAGGUUCCUGUAAUGGUGUGAAUGAGCCAGAUUGGGCUUCAAAUGAAUCAGUGUUGAGCUUCGAUUAUCCGUCUUCUCGGGUUUCGUCUCAUAAAUUUGGGGAUACUAACAAUGAACAAGGCUAUGAGGUGAAGAGAGCUCCAGUUGUUACUUUCUGUGAUAUUGAAUCAGAAGACGAAGAUGUUCUUCAUGAGGAAUUCGUUGGUGCUGAACCAGAGGUGAUAAGGCCUAAGAGAGAACCUCCAGUGAAGGUCAAGAAAGGAGUAUGCUAUAGGUGCACUAAGGGAAAUAGGUUUACCGAGAAGGAGGUGUGUAUUGUGUGCGACGCAAAGUAUUGCAGUAGUUGUGUGCUUAGAGCGAUGGGGUCUAUGCCCGAGGGAAGGAAGUGUGUGUCGUGCAUUGGGUAUCCGAUUGAUGAGUCGAAGCGAGGGAAUUUGGGUAAAUGCUCCCGAAUGCUCAAACGUCUGCUUAACGACUUGGAGAUUCAGCAGAUUAUGAAGGCCGAGAAGUUGUGUGAGGUCAAUCAAUUGCCACCGGAGUAUGUGUGUGUGAAUGGAAGGCCUCUCCGUCACGAGGAGCUCGAUAUAUUGCAGAGCUCUGCAAAUCCACCAAAGAAACUUAAACCCGGAAACUAUUGGUAUGACAAAGUAUCCGGUCUUUGGGGAAAGGAUGGGCAGAAACCUUCACAGAUUAUUAGCCCCCAUCUAAGUGUUGGGGGUCCUAUCAAGGUGAAUGCUAGCAACGGGAACACUCAAGUUUAUAUAAAUGGUCGCGAGAUUACAAAAGUGGAAUUACGAAUGUUACAGUUAGCGGGAGUCCAGUGUGCUGGCAACCCGCAUUUUUGGGUGAACGAUGAUGGUUCUUACCAAGAGGAGGGACAGAAAAAUACGAAAGGUUAUAUAUGGGGCAAGGCGGGAAUGAAGCUGGUCUGUGCAGUGCUCUCACUUCCAGUCCCUUCAAAGUCGUCUUCUGUUUCUGGGGAGCAAAUAACGGAUGUGCUUAGUCGAUCUGUCCCGGCUUACUUGGAGCAAAGGGCGCUUCAAAAACUACUUCUCAUUGGAUAUAGUGGGUCUGGUACGAGCACUGUAUUUAAGCAGGCAAAGAUUCUUUACAAGGAUGUACCUUUUACGGAGGAUGAGUGCCAACAUAUUAAAUCAGUGAUUCAGAGUAAUGUAUAUAGCUACCUUGCCAUACUUCUCGAGGGGCGUGAGCGUUUUGAAGAAGAAUGUUUGAAUGGGCUAUCAAAAAAUCGGGCUUUUAAUGAAUCUGGACAAACAGGUGACUUUUUUCUCCUAUGGCGAAGUGAUGGAAAUGAUAAGAAGACUUUGUAUUCCAUUCCUCCAAGGCUGAAAGCGUUCUCUGAUUGGCUUCUCAAGAUUAUGGCUUCGGGUAACUUGGAAGCUGUCUUUCCAGCAGCCACACGGGAAUAUGCUCCAUUAAUUGAAGAGUUGUGGAGUGAUGCUGCCAUCCAGGCUACGUAUAAACGGAGAAGUGAAUUGGAAAUGCUUCCCGAUGUUGCUAAUUAUUUCCUCGAGCGGGCUGUUGAUAUUUUGAAAGUGGAUUACGAACCUUCAGAUGUUGAUAUAUUAUAUGCGGAGGGUGUUACAUCUUCCAACGGGCUCUCAUGCAUGGACUUCUCUUUCCCGGAGGUUGCAAAUGACGAUACGUUUGAGAGUUGUAAUCAGCCCGAUUCUCUGCUCAGAUUUCAACUGAUCAGAGUACAGGCAAGAGGGUUCGGGGAAAACUGCAAGUGGUUCGAGAUGUUUGAGGACGUGCGGAUAGUCAUUUUCUGCGUUUCGUUGAGUGAUUACGACCAGUGUGGUGUCGAUGAGACGGGGGAGUUGGUGAACAAGAUGCUGUUGAGCAAAAGAUUUUUCGAGGGAAUUGUUAGUCACCCGACAUUCGAGCAUAUGGAUUUCCUACUACUACUAAACAAGUUUGACGUGUUUGAGGAGAAGGUGGAACGCGUUCCUUUAACCGAAUGCGAAUGGUUCGACGAUUUCCAUCCGGUGAUAAGCCGCCAUCGCUCCACCAGCAGCAGCAGCAGCAGCAACAUUAACCAUAGCCCGUCCCUGGGCCACCUCGCAUUCCAUUACAUUGCAGUCAAAUUCAAGAGGCUCUAUUCGGCUCUCACCGACCGAAAACUCUACGUUUCUCUGGUUCGAGGCUUGGACCCGAAGAGCGUUGAUGAAUCGCUGAAAUAUGCGAGGGAGAUACUAAAGUGGGACGAAGAGAAACCCAACUUCAGCGUGAGUGAGUACUCGUUUUACAGCACCGACGCAAGCUCCUUCUCACAUUAACGACGGGUCUUCUUCAAAGGGUUAGUUCAACAUUCUAUCAUUGUACAUACACACAUAUAUAUAUUCAGAGGUCUUUAAAGUAGAUGAAAAGGAAAAGAAAGGAUUGAAUGAAAGGACCUUCUUUGUAGAUUGUAAUUAUCUUGAAACAGCUUGCCAAAACUGAAGAUAUUCUAACACAGUUUUGUUCAA